AUGAAUCCAAAGUUAAUGAUACCAGAUGACAUGGGACAGUUACAUUCGCUGACCACCGUGCUGAUACAUGAAACUGACAGAUUUAACACUUUACUAGCUCUAAUACAUUCUUCGCUUAAUGAUCUCCAGAAGGCUAUCAAAGGUCUUGUGGUAAUGUCUGAAGCAUUUGAAGCAGUUUUCACUUCUUUCCUCAACAAUAAAGUGCCUGGCAUGUGGCAUAGAAAAGGAUAUAAUUCUUUGAAGUCACUUGGCAGUUGGAUCUACGACCUCACAUUACGAAUUGAUUUUGUGGAGAAAUGGCUCGUGGAAGGACUUCAACCGAGUAGCUGGGUGUCAGGCUUUGUUCUUUCCGCAAGGCCUGCUGACGGGUUCACUACAAUCGUAUGCACGUCGUUACCGAGUGCCUAUAGACGCAUUGAUGUUUGA